AUGUCUGCAGUUGGACGUAUUGAUAAAGAUUUUCCAUUUGUUGAUGCGCAUCGAGCACCUUGCUUAGAAGUUGCUUGGAGUCCAUUUAAUGAUAAUGUUAUUGCGAGCUGUUCGGAAGAUACCACUUGCAAAGUUUGGCUUAUUCCUCCGAAUGGCUUAACACGUACAUUAUCGGAACCAGUUGUUGAACUCAGUGGUCAUCAAAAGAGGGUGAACACGAUGGCAUGGCACCCUUCUGCAAAUAAUAUUCUUCUCACUGCUGGAGGCGAGAAUAAAUUACUUAUGUGGAAUGUGGGUACCGGCGAAGCACUACUCGAAAUUAGCGGACAUCCAGAUAUGAUAUGGUCAAUAUCCUUUAAUUAUGACGGCAGUCGUUUCGUGACGACAUGUAAAGAUCGCAAAAUUCGUGUAAUAGACUCUCAUACUGGUGAAGUAUUGCACCAAGGCAGCGGACAUGAAGGAGUAAAGCCUCAGAGAGCAAUUUUCAUUAAAGAUGGCCGUAUAAUCACUACAGGUUUCACUAAACGAUCUGAACGUCUUUACGCUUUGCGAUCUCAGGAAAAUAUCGAUGAACCGAUUGUGCAAGAAGAACUGGAUACUAGCAAUGGAGUAUUAUUUCCGCUCUACGAUGAAGAUACUGGUCUUUUGUAUCUUGCUGGAAAGGGUGAUUGUGCGAUUCGCUAUUAUGAAGUAAACAAUGAAUAUCCAUUUGUACAUUAUAUUAAUACGUAUACAACAUCAGAACCCCAAAGAGGACUGGCAUUUAUGCCUAAAUUGGGUUUAAAUUCAAACGAAAAUGAAGUGGCGCGGAUGUACAAAAUCACUACGAAAGGCAUCGUCGAAGAAUUGCAGUUUUUCGUGCCUAGAAAAUCAGAUCUUUUCCAAGCUGAUCUCUAUCCGGACACUCGCAGUCAAAUUCCAGCAUUAACAGCAGAGCAAUGGAUUGGUGGUGCAAACGCCCCACCGAAUCUUACAGCAGUAAAUCCAGAUGCAGCUGAGGCUAAACCAAAAAUUGCUGUCGCCAAAAAGGCCAAUAUUCUGGCGCAGCUUCAAUCAAAUCAGGAGCAAGGCAGCGGUGCUUCUCCAUCACCUCGAGCUGUUAAACAGCAAGAUGGUGCUCAAAGAAAUUCACAAUACGAAGAUAGUCCAUCUCACUAUGGAGAACAACCAAAAUCAAUGCGCAAACCCCCAUUUUCGGAUGAAGAUAUGGGUAUUGUGAAGCUGGAGAGAGGAUCGGCUGUUGAACGCGAAAGAGAACAAGCACAUCAGUUUGAAAAGCCAAGUACGAUGGUUCCUCGUCAACAGCAAUUAAUUUGUGUUUGUCAGGUGAAUUUACGAUCGCGCUCGGAUCGUGAUAAUGGCAACCAAACAGCCGGUCAGCGAAGAGCUGCAGCCGAAUUAGAACGAAUAAAACGCGAACAGGCUCGUGAACCCGAUAGAGAGGAACUUAUGCCUCCAUCUUCCAUGAAAAAUUCAGUUUCUCCCAGACAAAGCAUUUCUAGUAUAGUUACGAAUGAGCCGAUGACAUUUGAUGAGCUGUUCGCUGAUUUGCAAAAAAUGAAAGCAAUACUGCGACAACAUGAACGACGAAUUCGCCUACUUGAGGACGAAAUUGCCGACAGAAAUAUGGCGGACACGUACGGAUUUUAA